AUGGCAGGAGACUCGCAAGCGCGGUGCCCGGUUUCCCAAGGCCCGGCCUCGACAUUGAAGAUGUAUCAGUACUAUGGAGGGCAAAGGAAAUUGCGACAGAGCUUGCGAAUGGGACUAACUGUCACUGUUCUUGUUGCGAGCACAUCUCUGCAGUAUGACAACCCAUCUUUUUUGUCCGUUGUUCGAGCCGUACCCGACCAGGCAGGCACCCCGACAUCAGAAUGUGAGACAGCCACAAGCGGCACUACCACAAAUGUGCUGCAGGUGAGCUGCCAAGGGGAUCUACAAUGUGCUCCAGGAGGCCUGAGCGACGAGAACGUAUGCCCAGAAAACACAGAACACCUGCAUCAGUGCAAGACAACAGGGGGCGACAGUAGUAGAUGCAUCGACGUCAACGACCUUCUCACGGACUCGGGAAACAGCGUCACCUGGGUUGAAGGUGCCAACACUGCCGGUCACACUACCAAGAAGCUGACAAUACCGACUGAGAGGUUUCCGCUCACUGACAAAAAAUUCGUUGUCGGCUGCGUCAACAGAGCGAAGAGCGCAGACAGCUGUAAAGUGGCUGUAACGCUGGCGGCAAGAGCAACUGCAAAGAACGACCAGACCGUCACGUGUGCUUACGGAGCGAGUAGCAAUAAGGAACCUCAGACCAUCACGCUGAGUCCCUCGCAAAACACGUUCACACUGGUUUGCGGAACUGACGGAGAUAUUCUGCCGAGCACGUACCAGAAAAAGUACUGCAGUAGCUCAGAAAACAAUACCACCAGUGCGUGCGAAGAAAAAGACUACACCUCGAUCAUCACGACAUACCAAGAAACGUGGUGGCAGAAAACACCCGAAGGAACAAACGCUUACACACUGGAGAUUCCACCGAACGAUUUCCCGGCAGAGCCCGCAAAUAUUGUGGUCGGGUGCAAAAAAACCGCCACUACGACAUUGAAAGUGGAGGAGGACCCUAGCGAAACUGAUUCGUUGAGUGUGUGUAAAGUUGUGGUGACGAUUGAGGCUUUGGCAAAUAGUUCGUCUGCAACAAUGUCCGGGGUGAUGGCAUCCCUGGCUUUGGGAGGAGUGGCCUUCAUUGGCGCGUUGGCGCAUGCUCUGUGA